AGGCAUUUCAGGUCAAACAUGACAGUAUGCGCCUGACAGAGCGCAGGUGCCAUUUGGGCACCUCAUGCAACCGAACCGCCUCCGUCCAGGAGCUUUCAGCUUCUGGUUCUAUUUGGUGACAAAGCUGUUGACUGCAGCGAUCAGGCUUGCUGGCUUGCACUGUUGCGGUGGCCGCGACGGAGGCCUCCAAUCCUGAGGGGAGUGUGGGACGCUUGAUCCAGCGUCAAUCUUUGUGCUGGUAGUGGUGCAGGCCUCCGAUGUCAAAGAGAUCUCGGACUGCAUUGAGGUGCAGGACCGCGAAGCACCAGACUGUAAGGCAUCCUUUUUGCAGAAAGGAAUGGAGCUUCAGGUCAGACGAGACAUGGCCCCUCCUGCUGUUCACAACCAAUCCAGAACAAUCACCGCUGCAUUGGCUGCCAAGCAGAAUAUGUCUAAUGUGUCUGAGGAUGCCUUGCUUCAAUUGAUGACUCGGUCAACUCAGCAAAGUGCCUCAACAGUGUCCACAAUUAUUAAUUUGGUGGUGCUCGCAUUGCUGGUUGCAUUGAUAGUAUUGCUUUGCCGACAUGACAUGAACUUGGAAGAAGCAAAGGCAGAGGUGCAAGAGGAUCCACGUGUGCUUUACAAGCAGUUUGAGCGCAAGGAGCGGGUGACGGGGACGAGAAGCUGUCAAGAGGCAUGCUGCUGAAGUGCCCGCUUCAGACCUCAACCAGAAAAGAUGCGGUUGUGACGAUGCGGAACAACAUCAACCUCGGCCUCGACUUGAGUGUUUUUUGGUAUUGUUUCUUUUGCUUCCUUGCAUGGACUCCUUAAGUUUCGUUUGCAAGUUCCGGUUUGGCUCCGGAAAAGUUUAAGGAUUGUCCAAUCUUCAG